UGGUAAGGUUCUGGUUAUUGGCGUCUGGUUUCUUCUAUGUGCCAAUUUUGAAUAUGAUAACUGUUUUACUUGCUUUUUUUAGUUCGAAUUGGAUUGGUGUAUGUGAUAUCGGGUUUGGGAGGAAAUUUGCUGUGUGUUUUAUUCCUCCAUUCAAUCAUCUACGUUGGUGCAUCUGGUGCAAUAUUCGGCUUACUAGGAGUGAUGCUAUCAGAGCUUUUAACAAAUUGGAAAAUGCAUACUCAUAAGUUUGAUGAGAUGUUGAUUCUUGUUGUGAUCAUUGUUUUGGACUUAGCUCUUGGAACUUUUCCAUUUGGAAGUAAUUUUAGUAACGUUGGAGGGUUUACAUCAGGAUUUCUUCUUGGAUUUGUCAUUUUGACUCGCCGUCAGCAUCAUUGGCUUAAUCUAAACAAGUCUAAUACUUCCCAGAAGCAAGAAUCUUAUCAAUAUGUGCUUCAGAUUAUCUCUUUUGUGCUACUUAGUGUUGGAUUGGUCGGCGGCGGCGUCUUGUUCUUUAAAGGGGUGGACUUGAAUGAUUACUGCUCUUGGUGCCAUUAUAUAACCUGUGCCCCUCCGAGCUGUAAACCAAGCUACAUUUCUUGUGAGGAUUACCAGAUCGGAAACAAACUUAACGUGACAUGUUUGAACAAUGGAAGAAGUGGCGUUUUUUCUCUGUCAAACCGUAACCCUGACGAGCAGGCUGAAGAACUAUGUUAUCGCCUUUGCGGUAAAUAA